GCAACUUGAAGAGCACCGACAGGUGUACCAUGGACCAGCAAGAGAGAAUUCAAGCUGCGUCACGAUUUCUCUUGCAGUCUCCUCCAGGCGAGAUAAAUGACGUGCUGAAUGACGUACGAGAUAUCAUAGCAGACGACGAAGCACUCCAAGCAGGCAUCUUACCUUCGUUGGAGGAGUAUAAUCUUGAACAAUUUAUCACUGCUGACGUUCCUGGCUGCGAACACCAGGUAAUCGUUAGCGAGGCUGGAAGAAUCAAGGACGUACCGGAGGGAGAGUCCCGUUUUCUGGAUCCUCGAUCAAAAACAACGUUCAUCUUUGAUCAUCUGAGAUUGGAAGCCUCGGAUCCGCAACCGUUUGCCGCGGAUGAGAGCUCUGAGGAAUUUCGUUCCGCAUUAGAGACCGCGACGACAACCUAUCUUGCAAAUCACUUCGUCGAUGGAGUCACUACUGUUUUCUCAACUCCCGAGUCUUCUGGAAAUUUCAUCAUUCAGGUUGUGGCCAACAAAUACAAUCCUUCAAAUUUUUGGUCCGGCCGAUGGAGAUCUGAAUACAAGAUAGACUUAAACUCCAAGAAAGUCGAAGGAAAGAUUUUAGUGAAUGUUCAUUACUAUGAACAAGGAAAUGUUCAACUGUCAACCUCUCACAGCUUAUCUUUCGCUCUACCCCCCACUAUCUCUGCGAACUCUCCACCCGUCCAGGCAUCGGACAAGAUAAUUGCACUCAUCGAACACGAAGAAGGAAAAUAUCAAGCGUCAUUGAAUGAUGCGUACCAAGGAAUGUCAGAGAAAACGUUUAAAGGACUGCGACGUGCACUUCCUCUGACGAGACAAAAGCUAGACUGGGACAAGGUAUUGGGAUACAAGCUUGGUGCAGAGCUGACGUCUAGUCGAAAUGUUUUGGGUGGAUCAUAGUAGCAUACAUUCAGAUGUCAUAUAUAAUUGUAGCGUUUACCGACAUGCCACAAGGAAAACAACUAAGUAAUCUUAUAACACCG